ACUGGUGGAGUGAGAAUACUAGUUGGUGUAUUGUCUGCUGUGCUCCUGCUGGUGAUACUUACUGUAGCAGUUGGCAUUGUUGUUGGAUUGAAAUGUAAACGUAGAGGUCAAGUCAAGAUCACUACUGCGCACAAUCCAGCCUACGAUGUUGUGCAAAGGGGAGUUGCAAAGCCAACACAGCAAGGGACUUCAAGGGACUUGCUUACGUGAGGAUGGU